UACUUGGCACCCAGUGAUUGUCCCGGUGCUCUCUUGGAACAUGUCUUUUGGUUGACAGUGAUCGAUGAUCAGCUAGUGUAAAGGUUUGAUAUGAUUUUGCACAGCCAUGAGCCUGCUCGACGACGGACGCUGGCCCUUGUAUCAUUAAAUCACUCGGGUCCACCGUUUUAGGCCCAGGUAAACCCAACUGAUCGCCUUUAAUUCACAUCCUAGCGUCCAUACAGAUGACCUCCGAUGACUCCCGAUCGUCAGCUCCCCGUCCCAGUCCGCAACCCACCAACGUUAUGCGAUACCCCCGACCUAUCUCGGAACUCUUUGAAACGACGCUAACAACACUCAAGGAGGAGUCCAGACGGUGUAUCCAAAACCUCUUAAAUUACCGUGCUCCCCGUACCCACGCUCGGUUUCCUCGUGCUCAAAGCGCUGCUGUUCUCGUGCCGUUGUUCAUCGGUCGUGCUGGGGAUGUCUACGUUAUAUUGAGCAGACGAUCGUCCGUUCUGCGUGAAUAUGCCGGUGACACUGCCUUGCCGGGAGGAAAGGUGGACCCUCGGGAUGUCACUGUGGAGGAUACGGCGAGGCGCGAAGCGUUCGAGGAGACCGGAUUGCCUCAGGACCCGGAAAGGGUUCCACUUUUAUGUGUCAUGGAACCUUUCCUCGCCGGGAACCAGACUGUAGUCACUCCUGUAGUCGUCCUCAUCCUCGACAAGACACUUCAACCUAAUCUGAAUGAAUCUGAAGUAACUUCGAUCUUUGCACAACCUCUAGCUUCCUUCUUGCGAACCGAUCGACCGUCGGCCGACUCGUCUAAACCUUACUACUCAUACGUCGAUAUACCAUGGAGUCAGGGCGGAUCUAUACGUGUUCAUAGCUUCCUCACGGGGAGAGAAGCCGAUGGCGUCAAACCCGUCUUUGGGCUCACGGCAAACAUCCUCAUCCGUGUAGUAACAGUCGGGUACGGACAUGAACCAACGUUCCAAGUCCAACCACCGAACGCACCCACAAUCGCCCAACAAAUUGCAUAUGCUCUCCUGACCCCAAACAACCCCCUUCGUGUCGCCUGUGACCGAGAAGGCGUGGAUGCUGAUAAAACGGCUGCCCGCAUUCUACGUCCAUCGCCGGUUCUCAACGCCCCGCACAUGGCUGAGUGGAAAAAGAUUGGGUGGGAUUGGAAGCGACUUAUGGAAGGACCAGGAAUAGCAUUCGCACGUGACGCACCUGCUGUUAAGGCGCCGGUCAACGGGUUUGGUAGUACAGAGAAUGGCAAGAUUUCUGGAGGGUUCAGGGACGGCGUUCCAGAAGGGUUUCAGCGGCGAGUAGAUGGUAUUGCGAAACAUGUCGAGAGUCGCGUGGAAAGCGAGAGUAACGAGGAGGGGAGGCUGAAUGUCAAGAUUGAACAAUAUAGGGAACGAGCUGCCGAGGGCAAGGCAGAGCCCGCAGAACACAGCGGCGAUGCUGGAGACGCGCCGGAUGCGGACGUACCUGAUAUGAAGAAACUUGAAGAGUACCUCGACAAGAUCCGGGAUAUGGUGCAGAAGCGGAGGGAAGAACUGGUGGGUGACAAAGAGAAGUUGGCGAAAGCAAGGAAGGCGUAUCCGAGAGUGAUGAAGGAAGUCAAGAAGCAGUUUGUGAUCCCCAAGGAGGACGUGGAGAGUACAGCGAGUGUGUUGGGCAUUGGGAAGGAGGGGAGGAAACGAGGAAGUGACGGUAGCAAAGGGAGAGGAGAAGGCAUCAGGAAAGGAAAAGAAGGUACACGGAAGGGACUCCAGGAAAUGAAGAAACGUGUUGCAAAGGACGGAGAUGGUCAUAAUCCGGAGCAGUUGAUUCGCAAGAAGCGGGAUGCUAAGCUUUGAUGACAUUGAUCGGCGUUAUACAUACCUCCAGCUCUCCGUCUAUGCUGCCGUGGAGUUGAACCUAUUUCCUACCUUUCUGAGAGUUGAUUUAUUAUGCAUACCUUCUCUGUAGCUGCUUGAUAUCGGGGUCUACUAAAACUGUGUUCGUGAUACUUCGUACCGAGACUCGGAUGGCAUGAAUGUUUCGGGCCUAGCAUAUCAGGCAGUAGGUUUGAAAAGGUUGCA